CCCAGGAUUGGUUUUGGUGGAAACUGAAGCUGAAGAAGUGACAUGAGAUAAAGUAAGAGGUGGACCCGGUCCCUGACAUUCCCCAUCUGAUCCGAUCAUGCCUUCCACGUCAGCUCCUCUACGGCCCAGAUCGACCCGACCCCCACUUGCCACUUCCGUUCCAAGCUCCAAGCUCAAAAAGCACAGCACAGCACAAUCUUAUACAUACAUAUAUAUAUAUAUCCAUGACCUGAAAUGGCGAUGCCGAUGCCGGGAGGGAGAUACGCUGUUUUGUUUUUGCUCCACUCCCUCUCGCUGUAAUUUGUAAAUGGCAAGCGACAACAAUGAUGAUUCCACUCUUACAGUCGCACCACGCCCACAUGUCAAUGCCAAUGUCAAUGCGAGCCCUACCAAACCCGACUCCCCACCACUCCUUAAGAGAUCCAAGACCAUCUCCCUCGAUUCUUCCCAGACUCCUCACUUCCCCGCCGCCACAGCCCCACUCUCUGCUUCUUCUUCUUUCCGUCAACCCGCUGAUCUUCGCCUCUCCUUCGAUAAUGGCCCUAACAACGCCGAAUUCUUCAACCGGGAUUAUAUUUUCCCCUCCUGCCUCGGCCCCUAUGCUUCCAAGCCCAGACUCACUCUCAACCCGGCCAAGCACUCCAAUCGCCGCCUUUCCCUCGUCUCUGAUUCCACUCGGCUCAAGCCUACGGCUGUGCCACACUCACCCGCGACAGGAGCUCCACCAAAGGCGCAACAAUCGAAGAAGCAAGACAAGCAGGCCAAGCUGAUUGCCAGGCCAGAUUCCGUUUCUCACUCCACUAUCAGGAGAUCUUGGGAAUCUACCCAUUCUUUAAUGCACUAUUUGCUCAUUAUCGCUUGUAUGUCCAUUGGAUCCUAUGCAGUUUGUCUACAGAAGAAAGUUACGAAACUUGAGGAAGAGAAAUCUGACCUUCAUCAACUCUGUAGUGAUAAAAAUGUUAUUAAUGCCACCUGGGGAAUUUCAGUACCAGAAGAUAACAUCUCAUUAUUUAAUAUUUUUAAUGCCGAUAGUCGAUCUGUAGCUCUGUAUACUGUAGUGUGCACACUUCUUAUGCCUUUUCUAUUGUACAAGUAUCUCAACUACCUUCCCCGGAUUAAGAACUUUUCAGAAAGAACUCGAAAUAGCAAGGACGAGGUUCCUCUAAACAAGAGAAUUGCAUAUGUGGUCGAUGUGUGUUUCUCCAUCUAUCCUUAUGCAAAGCUGCUUGCACUUCUCUUUGCCACAGUAUUUCUUAUAGGAUUUGGUGGAUUGGCAUUAUAUGCUGUCAGUGAUGGUAACUUUGCUGAAGCUCUCUGGCUUUCAUGGACUUUUGUGGCCGACUCAGGAAAUCAUGCUGACAGGGUUGGCAUCGGGCCCAGGAUUGUUUCUGUCUCUAUAAGUGCAGGAGGUAUGCUAAUUUUUGCGAUGAUGCUUGGGCUUGUUUCUGACGCUAUUUCAGAGAAGGUCGACUCAUUGCGGAAAGGGAAAAGUGAAGUCAUUGAAAGAAACCAUAUUCUCAUUCUCGGGUGGAGUGAUAAAUUGGGUUCACUCUUGAAGCAAUUAGCAAUUGCAAAUAAGAGUAUUGGUGGAGGGGUAGUUGUUGUUCUGGCAGAAAGAGAUAAGGAGGAAAUGGAGAUGGAUAUAGCAAAGCUAGAAUUUGAUUUCAUGGGGACGUCUGUCAUUUGUAGGAGUGGCAGUCCUCUUAUACUUGCCGACUUGAAGAAGGUCUCCGUGUCUAAGGCACGUGCUAUUAUUGUAUUGGCAACCGAUGAGAAUGCAGAUCAGAGUGAUGCACGUGCUUUGAGGGUUGUGCUCAGCCUUACUGGAGUGAAGGAAGGUUUGAGGGGCCAUGUAGUUGUAGAGAUGAGCGACCUCGACAAUGAACCUCUGGUAAAGCUUGUUGGAGGUGAAGUUAUUGAAACAGUUGUUGCUCAUGAUGUAAUUGGACGCUUAAUGAUACAAUGUGCUCUGCAACCGGGACUUGCACAGAUAUGGGAAGAUAUCUUGGGGUUUGAGAAUUCAGAGUUUUACAUCCAAAGAUGGCAUCAGUUAGAUGGACAACGAUUUGGAGCUGUACUAAUUUCAUUUCCUGAUGCGAUUCCUUGUGGAAUUAAGGUUGCUGCAGACUGUGGGAAGAUAAUCUUAAAUCCAGAUGAUAACUACAUUCUAAAGGAGGGGGAUGAAGUCCUUGUUAUUGCUGAGGAUGAUGAUACUUAUGCUCCUGGUCCCAUUCCUGAGGUGCGCAGGGGAUUCUUCCAAAAGAUUAUCGACCCUCCAAAAUAUCCUGAAAAGAUACUGUUUUGUGGUUGGCGCCGUGAUAUAGAUGAUAUGAUUAUGGUUUUGGAGGCAAUCCUCGCUCUUGGUUCAGAGCUGUGGAUGUUUAAUGAAGUUCCUGAAAGAGAGAGGGAAAAAAAGCUUAUUGAUGGUGGACUUGAUAUUUCUAGUCUAGUAAAUAUUAAAAUUAUCCAUCGUGAGGGAAAUGCUGUCAUUAGAAGACAUUUAGAGUCACUUCCGCUGGAAACUUUUGAUUCUAUACUAAUUCUUGCGGAUGAAUCCUUAGAGGACUCUGUUGUGCAUUCAGAUUCACGUUCUCUUGCCACUCUUCUCCUUAUUAGAGAUAUACAGUCAAAGAGGCUUCCGAACAAAGAUAUGAAGUUAAAUUCAACAUCUUGGCGGCUUGCUGGAUUUUCUCACCACUCGUGGAUUCGAGAAAUGCAGCAAGCAUCAGACAGGUCAAUAAUAAUUAGUGAAAUCCUGGAUUCUAGGACCAGAAACCUGGUAUCAGUUUCUAGAAUCAGUGAUUAUGUGUUGUCUAAUGAAUUGGUGAGUAUGGCACUAGCUAUGGUGGCGGAGGACCAGCAGAUUAAUCGUGUUCUGGAGGAACUAUUUGCGGAAGAGGGGAAUGAAAUGUGUAUUAGACCGGCUGAAUUUUACUUAGUUGACCAGGAAGAGCUCUGUUUUUACGACAUAAUGAUUAGAGGGCGACAGAGGCGAGAAAUAGUGAUAGGUUAUCGGCUUGCCAGUUCGGAGCAUGCCAUUAUUAAUCCACCGCAGAAAUCGGAGCAGAGGAAAUGGUCACUUGAUGACGUUUUUGUUGCCAUAUCAUCAGGUUGAGGAAGGUGGCAGUUUUCUAUUCCUUGAUGGGCCAUCCACGACGAUCUCAGAAAUCAUCGUUGCGUUGCCAAGAAAGUUAUGAUUUGUGAAGCUAUGUUUCUGGGUAGUAUCAAAGUUGUGGAUGGAAUGUUGGGCUGACUGAUGCGCUGGAUGGACGGGAUCUUUUUUCUUUCUUGUGGGGUGGGGGGAAGGGGGUCAUGACAAGAGGAUGGUUUUUGUAUUGUAUUGGGUUGUUAAUGUACAGAAAGACAUAAUGUGGAGUGUAGAAUGUAGAUAUCAACAAAGAAAACGUAUGGGUAACCAGACCAAUGCAGUUGUAAUUUUGAUUGAUAUUGUAAAAUGAAUGGCAACAGUUGUAGUA